UCCCGCGUCAAGAAGCUCCGCUUCAGGUAACGCGGCCCGUAAUCGGACUGAUAUGGUUGUGGGGGUUAUGUGAUACCUCCACGUAGUGCAAUGUGUUGCAAUCUUGGAAGAAGGAAGUCCGAAGUCAUUUCUGCGCUUGCGUUCGUUACUACUUCGCCUGCGUUCGGUGCUCGCGCAGGCAUACAAACGAAGGAAACCGUGUCGCAAUAGUGCAUUUCCUCAGUAUCCAGCAGCAUGCCGAUAAACACUCAUGAACUUAUGAAUGUGCUGUGCCAGUUAUCCGAGAAAGAAAAUUUACAAGUCACUGUGAGAGAAUGUGCAAAAGGAGGCGUUAUUGCUGGAAUUAGUACUCUGGUUGGCGGCGUCUUAAUGGGUCCUGCUGGUCUUGCAAUCGGUGGAGCUGUAGGAGGCUGCUGUGCGGCUUACCUUGCAAAAGGCAAGUUUCUUCCGUUGGCAACUGUCAUCAGGAGCAUGUCACAAAAAGAAAGGAAGAAACUGCAACUUGCAAUUGAAGCUGUCCUACGAGACAUCGACAUGACCGACGUGAUCAAGUUGACCAUGCUCCUUGCCAAUGACGCUGCCGUCAAACGACUAGUGCUUCGCGAACUUGUCUCAUUCUUUCGAAGCCAGAUGCACCUUCAGAUUAUUGACUGAUUCCUGCUGUGUUGGGGCAAUGUAAAGCUUCGAUAAAGGUGUGAUAUUAGGCAGGUACUGUAAACGUGCAGUACGUUAUGUGUGGAGAUGGUGCUUUCUAGCUAGUACAUAGUGAUCCUAAAGUGUUUGCGUUGAUGAUUCUGAUCAUAUAAAGGAACAACAUUGUUUUGUACGAACGGUUGCGAGACUUCAACUUGGUAUCUAAGAAUGCAGGUCUACAGUUUCACUCACUCUGUGUGGAUAUAUUGCAGGACCCUCCCUCACUGUUAGUGAUCAUUGAACACAUUUUAGACGUUCGAUGUUUUUAAGGGCCUGAACGUGUUUUUACG